AUGAGCUCGUUCCCCUCCAUCAGUCGUUUCGUGCCAUGGCUCUGCGCUUUUCUCCUGGCGGCGGGAGCACAGAAGUGUCAGCGGGUCGACCAUGAGAUGUGCAACGAUCUGCCAUACAACCUUACCAGGUCAGUCCAGUUUCUUUCAUUCCCAAGUUUUGUUUUGCGUGUGUACGUGUGUAACACUUCGGGAAGGCAAUGGGACCCCCAUCAAUUAUAAGAUUUACGAGCAUCGCUUCGCAGCCUUCGGAGCAUUCCGACCCACAUCGUUUCGUUAUUGUUGUCACCUGUUGCCACGUUGGCAAGAAGAGCCGUGUAUAGUGUUGUCGGAAGGACGGGGACGCACGCGUUAACGGCCGAAACUGAUAACGACGGUCGGUCUCCGCUCGCCUCAUUCCACCCGGUCGGCAGCCAUUCGAAUAUUGAUUCGGAGUUUGAAAGAGACCGUUUCGGCCGAAACUGGCUGACGGUGAUUAAUCAAAAACGUGUCGGAAUUCGCAACAUACGGUUGGCAAGCCAUGUGGCGACACGGCGCCUUUUCCUCUCCCCUCCCAACUAUUAUUCGGUCCUUUCGACCGUCUGUGGCACUGGCACACCAGCCGUUCGGAUGCCACUGUACACUUGGCAACAAUGGCGUGUUUACAAAUUGAUAGGUUCUCUCUAGAUAAACAAUGAAACGCAGUGAAUAUGGAGUUUCAUGGUGGUCAGUAUAUAUAUAUACAGAUUGUAAUCGGAGAGAAACGGACGAGUAGGGCAGAAGGAAACAUCGUCGGAAUGGAAGGGAGGUCCGCAGUGUAAGCGACUCGGCGAGCAACUGUCCCAGUACUGGCAACUGAUUUAUAGUGAUUGUUAUAUGACCUGGAAAACGGAGAAAAGAUCACAUCAAGUUCCCAGAAAUUGACUCUUGCGGCUUCAAUUGAUAGCGGCGAUAGUCACUGAAUUUACAGGAUUGUGAACAGCUGAAAUGGCGACCAAUAUUUUUUAGUCCAAAACCCAGAAACAUUUGUGAAAAGUGUAGUCCGUUCAAUCACUCAUGUUCCGGAUCCCUUUCCGACCUUUUCCAAUCCAUCAUUCCGUUUCCGUUCGAUCCCUUCCGGCGCCUCUCCCAUGCCGCGAUUACAGAGGCACAACCAAAGUUUUGAGGGGAACAAAGAAAGAAAAUAAAAAGUUGCAUACCCGUGGUUCGGUCGUCGGCUGAGCCCGUGGAGCACAGCCUGAGAGGCGAGCCGUGAUAUAUAGACGGGCUUACUAUCUGCUUGCCAUAUUUCACGCUGACAGCGAGAGAGUGCGGGGGAGGAAGAGACGCAGCCGCGACAGCCUCUUGCUCCUCGGAGCCAUCCUUUCUUCUAUCUCAUAUCAUUUGUACUGGCUGUCCGUUUUGACGCGAUCACAGAGGAUUCUGAUGAGGGAAAUGGAGAAAACACUUCUGGAAAGGGAGCAAUAGACACUUUUUUUCAGUUUUCCGAAUCUGGUUGGAGAAGAGUCAUUCAAGGAUGCUGCCGAGUCCAUUUCGACGUACAAGCCGCUGCUCUCUGUGGUGUGCUCCGAGCAGCUCAAGUUCUUCCUCUGCUCAGUCUACUUUCCAAUGUGCAACGAGAAGGUGUGUUCGUCCCCACCUACAGUAAUCCUUCACUCUUCUCCUUUUCCAGCUCGCUCAUCCGAUUGGUCCUUGCCGUCCUCUCUGUCUUUCCGUCAAAGAGAAGUGUCUUCCCGUGCUUCAGAGUUUCGGAUUCUCGUGGCCAGAAGUGAUCAGGUGCGACAAGUUCCCACUGGAAAACAACCGUGAGAAGAUGUGCAUGAAGGGCCCGAACGAGCAAGGAGCCAUUCAGGACGAGAGAGGCAAGCAUGCGGCCGCCGAACUCGUAAGUAUAAUAAGCGGAGGGAUCUACCCGCCAUAGAUAACAUCUCCGUUUUCGAUGACCGUACGCGGUUACGUAAUUGAAUACACACCUAGCUCCAAAUCAAUCAUCUUUUCAGGAUGAUGAAGAGAAUGAUAAGCGAAGGGAGGCCGACCGUCUGAAUGGAAAAUGCCCGACGGACGAAGUGUUCCUCAACAGGUCUUCCAAAUGUGUUCCGUUGUGCCACAACCCACAGAAAAUUGGACAGGUUUGUCAUUGGCUUCUAAAAUAUUGAGAUGAACUCGAACGACUUCUGUUUUCAUAUCUAGAUAAUUCUGAAACUACAUUAUGAAGAAUUUAGUAUUCCAAAAAGGAAGUAGAGUAGUUUUUUUGCAGACGGACCGCGAAUCUUCAUCCCGUUUCCUGUUGUUCCUGUCGCUCAGCUCCGUCAUUCUGACGAUCCUUUCCGUUUUCGUCGUCAGUCUCUCGUAAGUUGCUCCGCUUCCUGUGCUCUGUUCCAAUGCAGUUCAUUCACAAGCAGGUGGUACUUCAGAAGGCUCGAGAUGAUAAGUUCCCUUCCCGAAGCGGCCAUGUUCUUCUCGUGCCUCGCAUUCUGUGUCACCUCGAUCAUCUACAUUUUCAGUGUCACAUUCAAAGACCAGGUAUAACAACGAAUACAAAUCGUGCAGAGUAUCAUUAAUUGGAUCCUCUUGCAGUUCCAAAUCUCCUGCACCGACUACACCCACCAUCUCCUGUUCGUCGUCGGCGGUCUCUCGCAUGUUCCGUGCUCUUCGGUCGCUUCUGUCAUCUACUACUCGGCCACGUGCUCCCGUCUUUGGUGGCUUCUGCUCUGCCUCUCCUGGAACAAGGCGACAAGAUCUGCAAACAUGCUGGUAUCCCAACACAGCUGAGUGUUUUCAAUAUUUCCGUUUUUUCCAGGACGACUCUCGUACUCGCGUUGUAAUGCUCAUCUUGGGCUCUCCCCUUGCUCCGCUCAUGCUCGCUCUUCUCGCCAGAGCAGUCGCUGCCGAUCCGCUGACCGGCCUUUGCUUCAUCGGCUCGGCGAGCCCUGGAACCGAUUGGGUCUUCAAUUUCUGCCGUGAGCUCGCUCUUUUCCUCGUCAGUUCGGUCGCUUUGUUCUCCGCCUGCUGCCGUCUUCUCGGUUCCGAAGAUCACGAAGUGAACGGAUUCGCCGGAGUCAUCGCUGCAGUCUACCCGAUCGCGGCUCUCUUCUACAUGCUCGCUUUCAUAAACGACGCCGCCCAGCCGCAUCUCCAGUGGCACAAGUCGUUCAAUGCGGUGUCUGCCACAAAGUACUCGUUCGACCUCAUCCUCAGCUUCAUCAUGUGCGCAUUCAGCUUCAUUUACCUGCUCACAAGAGUUGCCAGAUCAUCGUGAGUUCCCGUUGAAAUACUUCACCACCAACUCAUUCCAUUUUCAGAUCGAAAGUGAGCAAAGAAGGCUACCAGCCAGCAGUUCCGAAGCUCCCACAGCCGGCCAUUCCCGGAAGUGUCCGAUCGAAUACGUACGCGUCGACGUUCCGAACGAACAAUAUGAUUUGA